AUGCGAUCAAAUGCAACCUCCGACCAGGAAUCUUCAUCCAAGUCAGUGUUCUCGAACCACCCAUGGCAAAAGGCUAUGCAAUGUGAACUUGAUGCCCUCACUACUCAAAAGACAUGGCCUUUGGUUCCUUUGCCUACUGGUCAUCGUCCCAUUGGCACAAUUGAAUGCUACAAAGCACGGUCCAAAGAAGGCAUUGUAAUCUCUCAACGAAAGUAUACCUUAGAGAUUAUAGAUAAUGUUGGUUACUUGGGUGCUCAACCUUCAAACUUUCCAAUAGAAGUAAAUCUAAAGCUCACAGAUGAUCAAGGUGAUUUGCUGCAUGAUCCAGAGCGCUAUAGGAGAUUAGUUGGGCAAUUAAUCUAUCUCACAAUCACAAGAUCAGACAUUACAUACUCAAUCAAUAUCCUAAGCCAAUUUAUAUAUGCACCUAGAAAGCCUCAUUGGGAUUCUGCUCUUCGCAUUAUUAAAUACCUUAACAGAAGUCCAGGUCUCGGCUUGUUAUUCUCAGCAAGCAAUUCUUUCAACUUGAAGGCUUAUUGUGAUGCAAAUUGGGCAAACUGUCCUAUGACUCGAAGAUCAACUACAAGUUAUUGUGUGUACUUGGGAAAUUCAUUGAUUUCAUGGAAAGCCAAGAAACAAAAAACAGUCUCUAGAUCAUCCUCGGAAACUGAGUACAGGUCCAUGGCAACAGCAACUUGUGAACUAACUUGGCUCAGAUUUUUGCUUAAUGACAUGCAGAUUUCCACAAAGUUAUUAUGUGAUAAUCAAGUUGCACUUCACAUAGCAGCAAAUCCAGUAUAUCAUGAGAGUACCAAGCACAUAGAACUCGAUUGCCAUGUUGUAAGAGAAAAGAUACAAGAAGGUCAAACUGUUACAGAAUUUGUUCCAUCUCAAUUGCAGCUGGCAGAUGUUUUUACAAAAGCUCCUGGAGGAAACAUGUUUAAAGACUUAAGAAGCAAGUUGAACAUGCUGGAUAUACAUGCUCCAACUUGA